AUGGAAACACAAAUCGCCGAAAAACAGAUAGGUUCCUGCGUAGAUCCCCUCUGGGAUCAGUCUCUGACAGAAGAUGUCUCGCCCCGCCUCCGUCGCGGCUCCCAGGGGUCGGAAGAGAUGGUCGGUCGAAGAAGCACGCCUCUGACCCCUCAAGAGUUCGAGCUGUUGUCGAGUUCGAAUCCUUUCAAGCAAGACAUUGCGGAGAAGUACGGUUUGGCGUACCCAGCCAUUACCACAAGAUCUCGUAGCCGGGAUGUUUUACAGAAUGCACGAGGAGUCUACGAGGGUGGCGAUGCUGGGGAUGUUAGUGCUGCUACCGGAAAUCGGUUCGAUGCUGUCGACACGAGUGAAGAUGGGGAUUUCAGGAAAACCACAAGAGAAGAGACCAAAAGCGUAUUUGUAGCGUUGAGCCAGUUUCUUCUCAGAAAUCGUCAGUCUAUCGAUGAAACCAUUCAGAAACUUGACGAUACGGAUGAGUUUCUAUCUGGGCGUUGUGAGAAGUUAGAUAAGUCCUUGAUUAAUCAAGAAUUGUUGCAUAGUGGAGAGAUUUGGGAACUUGCUGAUAAGAAUACAACUACAGAUAAAGUUGAACCUUCAAAAGUCAAUGACGUACCUGGUAGGAAGGAUGCACUUUAUAGUUUUAACCGUGGAGAGGCACAAGGAGUAUGCCACGAUAGUGAUAAGAAUGGUGCUUUCCAAGACAGUUCGUUAGACACUUACUCCCAUACCCCUCGGGUUCUAAGGUCCGAUACCUACAAUCUGGAAUCUAGCAAUGAGACGGCCCUCACAACUUCACGCAGUUCUUCAUUGUCCUGGUCCCAAAGAGGACAAGACGCCGUUAGCCCAUAUAGUCCUGAUAUUGAGGAGGACCCGUAUUCGGCCAUUAGACAUAUGGACAUGCUACGGAAACAGUCUGUAUCGCUUUCAGAAGAUGAUAUGCAGCAGUAUUUCAACGGACAUACUGGUGGUAGUUCUCAAAUAUCCCCUGACCAGUUCCAGAAAUCAGAGCUGUCUGCUUCCGACAGAAAAGAAACAGGCGACAUAGUGAUCCCUGUUUUUGAACCUUUGCUUGAAAUUGUUGGGAGAGAAGACAUAGUUGAAUCAUUGUUUCCGGAUCAGCCAUCUCUCAAAGAACCAUUGUCUGCGUGUAGAACAAGCAAGGAGGAAAGCGUCGUGAAUUUGGAAGAGAAUGGAGCAACACUGAAGUCGGCAUUACAAAAUCAGCAGUCUCCAGAAGAACUGGUUUCUAUACCUAAAACAAGCAAGGGUGAAAGAAAUGAGCAAUCUUCUGAAGCACAAUUAUCAGAAGCAAACAAGGGUGUAAGUUUCUUGAACGUAGGGAAGGCGGUGGACAAAUUUGAAUUGGCGUUUCAAGACCAGCAAUCUCCCGAGACACAUCUGUCUGAGUCUACAACAAGUAAAGAUGUCAGUUUCCUGAAUUUUGAGGAUAGUUUUUCAGAUUAUAUUUCUUUAUCUGGUGAAUCUGCUCUUAAACUCGGAUCUUUUUAUAAAGAUGAACCAGGCUUCGUAGAAGAGAUAAGCCAAACCGUAGAGGCGUUUACUAACAAGGAAGUAGACACUAUCUUCGAAGGGACACUUAGAAAACACGCACAAAAAGAAUUACUAAAGAACACUUCUGUUAAGAUUUCUCCUGAAUUUUGUAAAACAGUUCGAAUGCAGAAAGAUGGCAGCGAAGAUGGUGGUAACCUGGAGAGCAGACUGGCAUCCCCGGUUAAGGAGUGUGAACCGGAAUCCACAGGACUAGACAAAGACGAUCAAGUAGACAAUGUUUGCCAGAUUCUCUCCUCUGAAGCACAAGAGCAGUCAACAAAGCUGGAGACUGAUGUGUUUAACUCGUCCUUCUAUGCUGCGUUUAGUGCUACUGUUUCUUCUCUAGAAGAUAUGGAAGAUGCCGGACCGGUUUCAGUCCAUGAUGAAACUAUUGUAGCCCCUCUCACUGACGAAGAUAAGUGCGAGGAAGGGAAAUCUAGUGGUGCUGGGGAUAUCGACAGUGAUAGCGUCUUUGGGUCUGAAGUAAAUGAAAAUAGAGACGAUAGCUUGGAGGCGAAGGAUAGCGAUGUCUGGGAUGUGUUUCUGACACCUGGGAUUGAAGCUUCAGAUUUAGAAAUGAAUUCAUUUUCUGAAUGCGACGAUCCAUCUCUCUGUAUUUCUAAAGACAUUUUGCUGCAAAAUAAGUUUAAGGUCUCAGACGACAGUGCUGACUCUUCCCGUGGUAGUGUGUCAAGAGAAUCUAUGAAGGUCAAUCUAUCCCAGGACAGUUCGAUUUUAGACCAGUCAGAAGACUUUCACUUGUCUGCAUCUACAAAUCAACAGGAAACUGGCUUGCAACGCCAUUUUGAUCUCGUGACGCAGCUGGACCCUCUGACCGAGUGUACCUCGACAGACUCUGUCAUGGUUCAUUGCUCCAGUGAUAGUCUUUAUGCUAUGCCAAACACCCAGGCACAGAAGCGAGGAGAGAAAUCACGCAUGUAUCGAAGACAUGGUGAGAAACUAACAGAAAAGCAAAAUCGGCGCAGUUCCUUACCAGUGAUGGGAAUGGAAAACCAAGGGAAUGGAAUCGCUCCGCUUACAGUAUCUCAGUCUGUUCGCAUUGAGGAAGAACGAUCGAGAAGAUCAUCUCUUCCUUCGGCUGUUGCCAAAGAGAAAGAUAUGUAUACCUCUAAAACUGCUAACACCGAAAAGGAAGCUGAAUCUAACACGUCGGACCUCUUCGCUAGUUAUACACCGAAUACGCCACCUGAUGAUGGUCAAAUCGUUCCAAGUGAAAUAACUCUCAAAGAAUCAGAAGGUCCUGCUGAGAAGACAGAAAAUUUCCCUCGUGUUUCUAAUGUUUUUCCGGCAUCAGUAAGUAAACUAGUCAACGCAAUAAGCGUUCAGAUGAUUAAAGCAACCGUUUCUUCAGUGUCCUGUACUCCGCCUGCAACUCUACCUCUCUCAGGCACAUCUACGGUAGCUGCUUGGACAAAAGAAGGCCCUAAAGCAUCAUUGUCGAGCACCAAACUCCCAGACGUCGACAACGAUGGGGCUGAAUCACCCACGCAAUCGGCAGCUUUUACCGAUUUCAUCCGCAGUCGUCUGCAAAAACCGCUAAAGGCAAUAUCAAUGUUUGCAUCGAGGACUUCUGAAUCCACAAGGAAAGACACACAAUCUAUCCCCAUGGAAGGACAGUUUGUAUCUGGUCAUCGUGCCACUGCUGCAGUUGUGACGCAGCCUGGUAGUUGUCUAACUACCACACAACAUCAGCAUGAAUCAAGAAGAGAAGACGCCACAAAUGCUUCUUUCCGAAACAGGCUACUUCACAUGCGCUCCACGGAAUCCCCGGAGCAACCCGAACGUUCAGGAUUUCUCGAGGAGAAUAUCAAACUCAGUCAAAGUGUGAACAUCAACAUUCCUCCAGAUCUUGUACCUUAUGAGGAGACUUUCAUCGAAGCUCUGCAGUCUCUUCCAGAGGCUAGUAGUGAUAGUCUGAUUCUGGCUUCCGAAGAUUUGAACACCGCUGCCACAGAAGGUGAUUUGAACACCGCUGCUACAGAAGGUGAUUUGAACACCGCUGCUACAGAAGGUGAUUUCAGUGAACCAGUUAAUGAAGCCGGCGAGAUAAAUGACGACAACAGCAGACAAUUGCAGGAGGUAGACUCUGAAGCUAUACGUGUUGAAGAAAAACCAAUCACUUCAUUAGAAGUUACUGGUAGAGAUUUGGCAGCCCCCGAUGCGGAUAAGGCUUCCACUCCAGGACGCUUGAGCGCCGGCAGUAGCACUGACAGCGAUGAUAUUGACGCUAUUGUCCAAGAAUACAAACAGGAAGUUACUGAUAGCGACGAAGGUGACAUAGAUGAUAUCGUUAUGGAGUUUAAAAAAGAAAACCCCGCAGAAGACAACAACACCCUCGGAGGAUCUGAGGAAGGCAUUCUUAGAAACACUGCUUUUAAUAAAUUCAGCCGCGUUCUGAACAAAAUGCAGUCAGUAACAAAAUACAUAAAGAAAAAGAGUGAGCAGACGAUCAAAGACCAUGAAGAAAAACAUAGACCAUCAGUCUUUUCUCUCCGUAGAAGACACACCGAAAGCUAUUCUCAGGACGGUGGAAUCGAGGACACAACUCCACAACCACAGGAGAGAGAAGAUGACGAAGAUGCAUUGGAGCUGCUGAGCAAGGCUGCAGAAGUCUUCAAAGAACAAACCGUCAAGAAAAAGCUAGUGACCCCGAGCAGUACUUGGCGAUCGAAAACGAUACACACAGAGAACUUGGUAAUCGAUGAUGAUAAUGACAGUGAUCUCGUUUCCAGGGCCGCUGUUCUCUUUAGAGGUUUCAAAUGUAAGAAGCCUGGCGAUAUUGAUUCUGUUGUAUCCACAUCAGAGGGAGAAAAAUCUACGUUGGAGCUAUCAGAAGCUUGCAACAACAGUAUUGAUCUAUCGAAAUUACAAGCGUUUGAAAUAACCCAUGAUGAUGUUGAGUCAACGAAAAACGAUCACAUAUAUGAUACGUCUGUCUGCUCAGAUGAUACUGAUUUUAAAGAAAGCCACAUCAGAAAUUUAACCUUACAGUUGGAUCAUAGGGAUAAGAAUAGGGUCGCAAAUGAGCAACUCCUUCGACCGUCCAUUGGAUCGGACCAGCUGGAAGUUGCAGACACCACUGAUGUCUUAACUAAAAGCGAUGACCACCCUGACAGCGAUGCCAGUAAAUUUGAUGACUCCGGGUUCGAAUCCAUCAAUCGGCAUAUAAGCGAGCAGAUGGUUCUAUCAGACGCUACUGAGUCACCAUUCGGGGAUUUGACCGAGGAAAUCGUUGCGGUUAGCUAUCAACAAGAGUCUUUUCUAGAGCCAGCCAAUGUAACUAUAGACCGCGAGGUGGAACAUCCCUUUUCUGAUACAGAAAACCCACUGGAGUGUGUCAGAAGUCUAUCUGAACUACAGCUUUCACAGAAAACAGCAACAGUUAGCGUUGGUUCUGAUGGUACAUUCAAGGAGAGAUCGGCAGACUUCUUCGAGUCUGGUGAUACAUUCAAUGAUCAAACCGUACAUAACAUCCUCGAGUCUGAUGAUACAUCUGAGGAUAAAACAGUACAUAACAUCCUCGAGUUUGGUGAUACAUCCAGGAAUAAACCAGUAGAUAACAUUCGCGAUUCAUAUGAAACAUUCAAAAAGAAAACAGUCGAUAAUAUACUGCGCUCUAAUAUCAGAUUCAAUGAAAGAUUAACAGAUAGCAGCUUCCAUUCUAAGACAGCACCCAGUGUGAAAUCAGCUAACAUCGUGGAUUCUAAUGAUAGAUCGGACGGGAAAUCAGUAGAUAAUAUCCUCGAUUCUGAUGAUGCACACGGGGAUAAAUCAAUAGAAAGUUGCAUCGAUACAUCAAGAAAUGAAACAGUGGAUAAUAUCAUGCAUUCUGAUGAUAGGUCCCAGAGAAGAAUAGACAAUAUACUACCACCGGAACGGGAAGAACUUUGUGAAAAGAAAACAAUUGAGCAAAAUAGAUAUGUAAGGGAUAUUGAAGUCAACAUGCCUAGCCAACCUGAUACUUGCAUUGACAAGGUUAUGGGUAGCAUGGCUGAAGAAAUUAAAGAUGACGCAGUAAAUCAGUCAGAAAGUCAUGCAAGCAACAUGUUUGAUAACAAAAUGGAUAACAUUAAAAGGGAUAGGAAGAAUCAACAAGAUAUCGAGGCAGAUAACGAGGCCGAAAAUAAUAUGGAUGAAGCCUUUACGACAGAAUCGGCCUCUGGAACAGAGAAAAUUAUGCAAAUGGCAUUUAAUGAGGUGCUUUCCAAAAAUGAAAUAAAGAAUGACGUGACAGUUGUCUUUACCCCUGAAAGUUGUGCUUCUGACACUACGGCCGGGUCUACCUCACCUCCAGCAUCUGCAAAUUUAAAUGAACAUACCUGUGACCUGAUUCUAAGCACAGGAUACGAUGAGACAAGAAUAGUUAAAAAAGUAGAUACAACUGUCAGUGCAGAUAGUGACAUAGUUGGGGACAAAAUCAAUAAUAGCCAAAGAGAAAAGACAAACGGAAAGUUGGAAGAGUUAGCAAAGGAAAUUUCAGCUUUGGAAGCAGCUGGGUUGAAGCAGGCAGCAGGGAUACCUUCGGCAGACGCAUUGGAGUUGAGAGCGCCAGACUACCAAAGACUAUCUUCGGAAUCAUCAGAAGGACCAGAUGCCUACAGCAUGACCGUUAAUUUACCGGAGUCUCCAGACAAUUUGAAGAAUUUAGAAGACGCUGCCUCGUUUUCUUUGUGCUGUGGUGGAAAUUUUAAGAUUAACCUGAACUGUACGGCAAUGGUGAAGAAACCAGACAGGCGUCCAUCAACAGUGGUCAUCAAAGAUAAAAGAUGUGCGAUGACAGAGGAGGAGAAGAUGUUUCCCUUGAAGGUGAGUUUGAGCUAUCCAGAUGGACUGGAUGCUGGUUCUGAGAAAGUGGAUACGAAAGUUCUUUGUGAAAAUUCAACUAAAGAGAAAGCACAGGUUAAAAUUAUUCAGGAUUUAAAAGUCAAUGAACAUGAGAGAAAUAGAAACUUUGCGGGUAGUCGUGAGGAAUUGUUGGAAGAGGUAUCUCUCAAGCAGACCAUGGCUGAAGAAUCAAACCCUGAGCCUCAGGUCUUGGAACAAGAUGGCACAGAUCUGACGCAGGACCUCAAGGAAGAGGUCAAUGAUGUGUGUGAAGUCGCCGAGGAAGGAGAUGGUGGGUAUGAUGAGCUGCAAUGCGAGAAGAGAGUGGUCAAAAGGAAGUCAAUGAUUGAGGAGACAGGCGCAGACAAGAAGGCUAUGAAUAUUUAUCAAUCGGUUCUGAGUGAGUUAUUGCAAAAACAAACUAAAGAAGAUCAUAGAAAGAAAGAAACGGAACUUUUAGCUAACGAAAAGACUACUGCGCAAUCAAAACGUUUUGCAAGAGUUAUCUCAGAUUCUGAUUUUUAUGAAAACUUUGGGGAGAAUGUUGAGGUCCCGCUGAAAGACAAACAAGGAGAUAUAACUCAGGUUGAAAACAUGAAAGUGUAUGGUGAAGAGAAGAGCACUGAGAAAUUAGAAGGCCCAGCCCCGUGUGCUGGAACAUCUACUGUUGAACCACCAACUAGGUCGCACCCUACGCCCAACAUCAGCAUGCAACAAAGUAUUGAUAUGUACGACAAUGUUAUGUUUCCCGAAAGUGCUCCGCCACUUCCAAAGAGAAGUUUUAGACAAUCUACCGACGUGUGUCGUGUUGAAGACAAAAGCAAUCUUGAUCCUCGAUAUGCUAACGGAACGAGGUCAAGCUUCUCCAGCGUUGUGUCAGACGGCGCUGCCGAAGUCUAUCACCAGGCACGAAGACAUCACGCCAGAACUAAAUGGGUUAGUUCAACUCCUCAUCUCUCAGCUACAGAAAGACCUGAACAGAUACCAUCCAGUCGGACCAGCUCCUACCCAUACCUACCAGGUUCAGAAGCGGAUAUCUCCUGCCAGUACCCUAGUUCUAAUGCAGUAUCGGCCUCAAGUUUUCAGUCAGACUCAGUCUGCUGGGGCAAUUAUGCUAGAAUCGAAGACGUCCAGGAAAAAAGAUCUUUCGACUCCGAAAGUUCAUCGGGAGUUGUCGUUCCGGGAGUCGGCCGGGAAUCAACGCUGAGCGAUAUUUCGGGGGCAUAUAUUUUCGGGGAAUACGCUACUGUAAAAGAUGACCUCAACAGAGCCAAACUUCUGCAAUCAGCUGAUGGUCAGACUCAACGAAAUAACAAUUUCCAGUUCAGACAUUUUCCCGCUGCCAUUGAAAAUCCGCAUUAUCAAAACGUAAGGGUCAUAACUGCUCAACCGUCAGGUACUCGCUACCGGGUCAUCCCUUCACAACUGGAUGUCCACGAAGAGCAGGCUCCUGGGUUUGAAAACUACGCCGUCAUUGGUCAACCGAUGCAGUCGAAAUCUGUUCAGUUUUCGGCUCCGACUACUCCAGUCGGGGUUAUCAAAGUCCAUUGUGCUUCUCAGACAAGUUCGGAGUCCCUGGCUGGUCUUGUUAGAAACGAUGCUUCCGACAUUCUAGAAGGUCUGCCAGUAUUUGAGUACACACUUGGGGCUACGCAGAGCACAAACAGUCUUCUGUCGGAUACGACGGAUAGUUCGCCUGUCACGCGCUGUCCUGACAACAGACAGCCUGAUCUAACCAGACAGACAGCGUCAUUAGACAGACGUAAAUUUCACAAAGAUCUGCCAAAGAAAAAGGCAACAAAAGUGACUUUUUCGCGCGAUGAAGUCCUCACAGAGGUCAUUGAUGGCAUUAAGAAAUCUGAAGGGGUGGAGUCCAAUGGGCGUGGCUUGAGAGGUAUGGCCACUUCCACGCUGUCUACAUUAGGGGGAGGAGUUCGGGAAUUCGCCAGAAUCUUCCACGUCCCUUUCCAGUGCUGUCGCAGUGGAAGGCGAGCUAAACCCAAGCCGUCUGAACCACCAAUACUUCGACAUUCGUUUCGACUGUAUCACUUCCGGCGCCCACAUCGGUGUUUCGUCUGCAAGCAGCUGGUCUACAACCAAGGGUCUGCUUGCCAAG